AUGAAGCCCCUGGAUGUCCAAAAGGGCUUCUUGGCUGAUGGAGGAUUUUCCACGGGGACCCAACUGCGAAAGCAUGGCGCAAAUGGCGGUCAAAUGAACAGACAGAAAUCAUCACUGUUCGCGCAUCGCGUGACGGUUAAGCCCCCGCCACCGCCAAAUUACAUCCUUCGUCGUUCAUCCCGUGUUAAAUCGGGUUUACGUGGAGACGAUGACUCACCGCUGCCCGAAAUCGAGCCCAUUUCCCCUGAGACUAUCAUAUAUACGCCGGCGGAGCGCUUGCGACCACAGCCCUUUCUGCUGUUGCGCAUGGCCAUGCCCCGAACGCGCAUAAGUCCGUCGUCAGUAAAAGGUAAAAUUGAUGAAAAUCACGCGUUCAACAAGUUCUUGGGACAAGACUUACUGUCCGAAGAAGGCAACAUGGGGAUUGACUUGUACUACAUGCCCUUGAGUGCUCCUUGCCGGUCAAUUAUAUUGACUGCCAAGGCCAUUGGCGUUGAUUUGAACUUGAAGCUCACCAGCAUUCCAGAGAAGCAGAACAUGACUCCGGAAUACAUCAAGAUGAACAUCCGUCACACUAUCCCGACGCUGGAUGAUAACGGAUUUGUCGUCGUUGAAAGGUGCGUUGUUUAUACUGAGUCGUGCCCAUACGAGGGUUGUCCCACUUCUGACGUUCGAAACGUCGCCUCUCGGGCGGGUUUCUUUUUGACGCCUCUUGACGUGGGUGUUUUUAUCUUCGAUUUCAGCCGGGCCGCGGUGCAGUAUCUCAUGAACAAAUACGCUCCCGAUAAUGAAUUGUACCCGAAUGAUCCCCAAAAACGAGCCAGGGUUGACGAUUUACUCUUCUUCGAUGCCUGUGUCCUGUACGACCGUUUUGGUCAGUAUGUGUACCCCGCUGCUUUUGGCGGCGAUUCCUUGAAUGAGGAAAAGAAGCAGAAACUGGAUGAUGGCUUGGGAUUUUUGGACCAUUACAUCAAGCAGAAUGGCGGUUACGUGGCCGGAGAUAAACUGACGGUCGCUGACUUGUCUUGUGUUGCUUCAGUUUCUUCCAUGAAGGCAACUGGUGUCGUCGAUUUAAGCAAGUUUGAGAACAUCACUGCCUGGCUGGCAAAAUGCGAGUCCGAGGCAACUGGUGUCGUCGAUUUAAGCAAGUUUGAGAACAUCACUGCCUGGCUGGCAAAAUGCGAGUCCGAGGUGGUUGCCUAUGAGGAGGCGAAUGGCGAGGGUGCCAAAUCUUUUGGUGGUUGGAUUGCGUCCAUGAUCAAAAAGGAAUGAAGCUUUUAAAUUUGGGCGAUAGCCACUUCAAUUUUUGUGGAUAUUGUCAGUAUCGUGUGCUCUACGCUUGGGAAAUUUGGAAAGUUUUAAUGCAGUUCGUGGAAACUUUUGCACGUCAUGUUUUAAUGCGGGAAUCCCUUUGAUUUGCGGAUAUUUCGGUCAAGGCAAAUGUUGCGGCAGCCUACUGCUUAUUCUUUUCAAUUGUUCGGUUCAUUCUCGGGAAUGCCAACAUCGGGUUUACGAGCGAUACGAUUUUUGUGACUAAAGCGUGUAUUGAGAA